GGGCAUCGCAGAGCCAGAAUCCAUGCUCGCUUCAGUGAGCGCCGUCGGUGGGGAGGCCGAGAGGUGUGUUUUGGAAAGAACGCUCGUCUUGGCAGCUCUGGGGGGUGUACGUGGCAGAGACUGGGGGGCACUUGAUCCAGGGGUGAACGGACCGCAGGCUGGGGAGGGUGAAGGGGUGGGACCUGGUGCUCUUGAGUGACAGCUCAGAACCACACGGGCUGCCUGUGACUAAGGAUCCUGUUUGGUUCUGGAAUGACCCAGGCCACCAAGGUUGUGAGCCCCAUGUGCUACCCUGUACACUGGGCACCCUCCCAGCCCUGACCUCCACCCACAGAGGCUGCCCGUGUGCUCCAGGGUGCGUUUGGGGCCCCAGGCCGGUCAGUGUGGCAGGAAGUGUGACCCAGCCAUCUCCAACAUGCACCCAAGUCCUGGUCCGUCGGCCCAUCUUCCAGGAAGUCUGUGGCAUCCUGAUUGUGAUGUGGGGUCACCUACUGCAGAGGCCUGUGAGGUCAUCCUUCCAGCUGUUCCCGAGUCGGGGGCGCCUCUGUGCCUUGAACACCCGUGGCAAGGACAGGGCCCUGCAGACGUGGUUACCCCUCCCACCAUCCACAGCCAGCUCGGAGACCGAGCCUGCCCUAGAACCACAUGGUCCCCACCAGGGUGGCCUGUGAUGAACUUUAGCAAGUAAGACAGUCUGCUGGGUGUCUUCUGGGAAGGGGAUUGAUCUCUGAAAAUGACAGGCAAGCAAGGAGAGCUUGGCGCCCUACCUCUUCCAACCUUAAAUACAUUUAGGUGAGGGUGUGAUGUGUGGCGCUACGGCAGCCAUCUUGCAACCAGGAAUCCAACUUCAAAAUGAAGAGCCAGUGUCCUGGGGAUAGUGAAGCAGAGGCUGGGCCCAGGAGGUGAUGAAACUGCUCACCCCCCAGGCCUGGUGCCCACCCAGUGCUCUGUCGUGCUGCUCCGUCUAAUGGGGGUGAGAAGACAGCCAAGGCCCUCACAUCUAGGCACCUGCUGUAAGGGCUCAGCUGACCACUCAGGCCUUGUGCUGCUCGUGCAUUGCUGAUGGGUUGUGCUCUUUCCCAUCAAAUCACACCCCACCUCAGGUCUUCAGCAUGGGCACCAAAGGGUGGGCACAAAGGCCCCUCCUUUCCCUGCGUUAAAGGAAACUAGACAACCCUGGAACCCAGACCCUAUGACCCAGCUCUGGGCUAGGUCUUCCUGAGAUCUCUCCGUGGUGAGGGGAGGGGGCAGGGGCGCUGGCUGCACUCCCCGUGGCUGCUGUGAGGGGACUCCCAUCGGGGGACCCCCAUGAAGGCAGGCCUACCCGGUGUGGCCGUGGCUAGACAGGGGCGCCCCUUGGCUCUGCAGGCAGAAGCUCCUCAGGCUCCAGCUCCCACGAGCUCCCUCACAUGGUGAGCCUUCGUGUGCUGCGGGCCUGACCCUGUUCUGGUGCUGGGGACCCAGCACUGAGACAGUUCCUGCUCUCACAGCCUCAUGAGUGGUCGGCACGUGGUCUCAUGUGGUAUGUCCUCUGAGGAGGUGGCCGUCCCCCCCCCACCUGUCUCUGGCCAGUCCUCGCUUGCUUUCUUCCGGGGGCACUGGAGGUCGAGUGGGUAGGACUGGCUGCAGGGUUAGCUGUGGUUUCACGUGGCCGUUUCCCAGGACUGUGACCAAUCGCAGCUCAGCUGUACCUGCUGUCCCCCUCCCUCGGGGUGAGAACCAGACAGGGAGUCUCGAGGCCUCCCCAGGAAGAGGGCUGUGGUCUCAUGGCAAAGGCCGCCCAGUUCUCCUGGCCUUUGAAGUCUCAGGCUGGGGGCGCUGGGUCUGGGGAGGCGCAGCAAUCUCAAAGGCCUCAUUUAUGGAGCCGUGAUGACAUGUAAGCUGGAGGCAGGACACUGCUCGCCCGGCGGCCAGGGAGUCCUGGGACUCACGUGACAAGAGACACCAGGGUUCAGGGCAGCGAUGCCAGCACUGCCCCCACCGUGGCUCUGCCUCAUGGUCCUGCCCUGGGACCCUUUGCUCCCUUUGGGGUUCUCCACCAGGACGUGGGGCACCCUGGUUCCUGUGGAGCCCAGGCGAGGCCCUUCCUUCCACCCUCCUCUACGUGGCGGGUGGGGGACUCGUGCACGGCCAGAAACAGGCAAACGGGUCCACCAGGGUGUAAAACGGUUUGGCAGAAUCUACCGAAGCUGAAGGUGUGCCUCUGACCAUGCGGUCCCACCCGUGUGUUACCCAGCAGCAGUGUCUGUGACAGACGGGGGCCACCCAAACGCCCACGCGACCUGCGCGUUAACGACCGCUGCGUGCGUCCGCGAGGGUGCCUCAGUGCUGAGUGAGGAAGGGUCCGGAGUCCACGCGUAUCAGGUUCCAAAACAGGCAAAGUUAACCGAUGGUCGGGGCCGGGAGGACACCCCGGAGGGUCUGGUGCAGUCGGUGUUUGAUUGAUUGGGUGCUGCAUUCCCGGCUGUAUUUGGAUGCGGUGUGCACCAACCUGCAUGUUUAUGAUUCGUGUACUCUCAUGUACGACGCGCUUCAAUAAAUAGCACCAACAGAGGCAAAGGGGGAAAGGGCCGUGUGAGUCGUCAAGGGCAGGGAAGGGAGCUGACGCUGGUGAGCAGGUGCGCCCUCCCCCGUCUGCUGAGGGGCACAGGACGGACCCAAACAGGAACAUCACAGCCCAGCGCCUUCAAAGCACCAGACCCUCGGCCGGCCUCUGACUUCCCCCACCCGUGAGGGGCCGGCCCUGCGGUCCAUGCCCACCCCGCCCUCAGAGGAGGCUUUGUCGUCAGCACCGGGCACUCUUUAGUGACAGAGUGCUGGCUCGGCUGCGGUGACCUUUUGCAGAGGCAGUGGGGGCCGUCGGGGGAGGUCUGGCAGCUCUGUCCCCGCCCCUGCCCCGGGAGGAGCUGGAGCGCAGGAAGCGGCUGGGGGUCCUUGGGGCAGGACCGCCUUCAGUCCGCGUUUAACGUGGGGCAGGCUGGUGUGUGUGCAUGCGUGUGUGUGUGUGUGUGUGUGUGUGUGUGUGUGUGCAUGUGCGUGUGUGUGUUCCUGAGGCAGGAUCCGACGGCUUCAGGGAGGAGGUGGUGGUCUUGCAUCGGGCCUGGAAGAGGGCUGGAAGUCUCCGAGGCAGGUCCGGAGCGGGACCCCCGCGCCCGCGACACCUGGAGGGGAGGUGGGCUGAGCACGGCGCGGCUGGCCAGACUGCAGUGGUCUGAGCGCCAAGCUGCCGGGACAGGCCCGGAUGGAGCUGCGCCAUCUAGCGGCAGCCCUCACGCUGCAGCCCGGGCACACGCCCGUCGCGGUGCCGCCCUCAGGGGGAGGGCCUCUGCGGAAGACUUUAAAGGUCCUGAGGAAGGCAGGCGGUCUCGUAGGACCGAAGGUAGCAAGAGGGCUAGAAAUGUCCGGAUCUGGGCGACCGCGCCUCCAGGGAAGAGGGGAGGUGGACUGAGGACCAGGACAGAGACACUGAGCCCGCAAGGCUGGCAACUGGGAGCUUGGGGUCCUGGCUGGGAAGUGACGACUGGUGGAGAGGCCCGGGGCCGUGCCUGGGCCGACAUUUGUCCAGCCCCGGAGGACGGAGUGUGAGGGGCCUCCCGGUGGAGCCAUGAGCUGGGCGGGACCCUGAGAGCAAGGACCCCUUCCUGCUCCCUGGCAGGACGAUGCCUGUGCUCGGCCCCCAGAGGCAGCUGCUGAGUCCCCUCAACUCCACGUCCCCAGCCACUCCCCGCCUCGGGCUGGCCACCAACCAGACGGGGCCCCAGUGCCUGGAGGUGUCCGUUCCCGAAGGGCUGUUCCUCAGCUUGGGGCUGGUGAGUCUCGUGGAGAACAUGCUGGUGGUGGCCGCCAUCAUGAAGAACCGCAACCUGCACUCGCCCAUGUACUACUUCAUCUGCUGCCUGGCCGCGUCCGACCUGCUUGUGAGCAUCAGCAACGUGCUGGAGACGGCCGUCAUGCUGCUGCUGGAGGCCGGCGCCCUGGCCCCUCGGGCCGCCGUGGUGCAGCAGCUGGACGACGUCAUUGAUGUGCUCAUCUGCAGCUCCAUGGUGUCCAGCCUCUGCUUCCUGGGCGCCAUCGCCGUGGACCGCUACAUCUCCAUCUUCUACGCCCUGCGGUACCACAGCCUCGUGACAUUGCCCAGGGCGUGGCGGGCCAUCGCGGCCAUCUGGGUGGCCAGCAUCCUCGCCAGCACCCUCUUCAUCGCCUACUACAACCACGCGGCCGUCCUGCUCUGUCUCGUGAGCUUCUUCGUAGCCAUGCUGGUGCUCAUGGCGGUGCUGUACGUCCACAUGCUGGCCCGGGCGUGCCAGCAUGCCCGGGGCAUUGCCCGGCUCCACAAGAGGCAGCGCUCCACCCAGCAGGGCUUCGGCCUCAAGGGCGCAGCCACCCUCACCAUCCUGCUGGGCACCUUCUUCCUCUGCUGGGGCCCCUUCUUCCUCCACCUCUUGCUCAUCGUCCUCUGCCCUCAACACCCCACCUGUGUCUGCAUCUUCAAGAACUUCAACCUCUUCCUCACCCUCAUCAUCUGCAACGCCAUUGUGGACCCUCUCAUCUACGCCUUCCGCAGCCAGGAGCUCCGGAAGACGCUCCAAGAGGUGCUGCAGGGCUCCUGGGCUCCACCACCAGCCCCGGCCCCAGCGCGUCCGCCUGCGUCCCGCAGCCGCCCGCCACACGCACCGAGCAUGAGGGAGAUCGUGCACAUCCAGGCCGGCCAGUGCGGCAACCAGAUCGGGGCCAAGUUCUGGGAGGUCAUCAGCGACGAGCACGGGAUAGACCCCAGUGGCAAUUAUGUAGGGGACUCGGACCUGCAGCUGGAGCGCAUCAGCGUCUACUACAACGAGGCCUCUUCUCACAAGUAUGUGCCUCGGGCCAUCCUGGUGGACCUGGAGCCUGGAACCAUGGACAGCGUCCGGUCUGGGGCCUUUGGGCACCUCUUCAGGCCUGACAACUUCAUCUUCGGUCAGAGUGGGGCCGGCAACAACUGGGCCAAGGGCCACUACACGGAGGGUGCCGAGCUGGUGGACUCGGUCCUGGACGUGGUGCGGAAGGAGUGUGAGAAUUGCGACUGCCUGCAGGGCUUCCAGCUGACCCACUCGCUGGGGGGCGGCACGGGCUCGGGCAUGGGCACCCUGCUCAUCAGCAAGGUCCGCGAGGAGUACCCCGACCGCAUCAUGAACACCUUCAGCGUGGUGCCCUCGCCCAAGGUGUCGGACACCGUGGUCGAGCCCUACAACGCCACGCUGUCCAUCCACCAGCUGGUGGAGAACACGGACGAGACCUACUGCAUCGACAACGAGGCGCUGUACGACAUCUGCUUCCGCACUCUCAAGCUGGCCACGCCCACCUACGGGGACCUCAACCACCUGGUGUCGGCCACCAUGAGCGGGGUCACCACCUCCCUGCGCUUCCCGGGCCAGCUCAACGCCGACCUGCGCAAGCUGGCCGUGAACAUGGUGCCCUUCCCGCGCCUGCACUUCUUCAUGCCCGGCUUCGCCCCGCUCACCGCCCGCGGCAGCCAGCAGUACCGCGCGCUGACGGUGCCCGAGCUCACCCAGCAGAUGUUUGACGCCAAGAACAUGAUGGCGGCCUGCGACCCCCGCCAUGGGCGCUACCUGACCGUGGCCACUGUCUUCCGGGGCCGCAUGUCCAUGAAGGAGGUGGACGAGCAGAUGCUGGCCAUCCAGAGCAAGAACAGCAGCUACUUUGUCGAGUGGAUCCCCAACAACGUGAAGGUGGCCGUGUGCGACAUCCCGCCCCGCGGGCUCAAGAUGUCCUCCACCUUCAUCGGCAACAGCACGGCCAUCCAGGAGCUGUUCAAGCGCAUCUCGGAGCAGUUCACGGCCAUGUUCCGCCGCAAGGCCUUCCUGCACUGGUACACGGGCGAGGGCAUGGACGAGAUGGAGUUCACCGAGGCCGAGAGCAACAUGAACGACCUGGUGUCCGAGUACCAGCAGUACCAGGACGCCACGGCCGAGGAGGAGGGGGAGAUGUAUGAAGAUGAUGACGAGGAAUCCGAGGCGCAGGGCCCCAAGUGAAGCGGCUGAGGGGUGGGACGCGGCCGCGGCCAGGACCGACAGGUCUGUCCCCUGAGCCAUGUAGCCACUGACACACCCCUGCCCUUUCCCCCACCAGGCCCCGUCAUGUCACCCUAGGGCUCCCAAGUGUGUGUCCUUUAGUACUUACAGCAUCCCCGCCCCGUGUGAGUCUUCUCCGCUGUCUUCCGCCAUAGGUCAAAUCCAUUUUGCGUGGCCCGUUUGUCUCUCUGCUUUAUCAUCAGCUCCAGGCCUGAUGUUUUAUGGUUUGGUUCGUUUUUUUUACUGGUUUGUGUUUAUAUCUUGGGGGGAUACUUAAUAAAUUUAUUGCUGUCGGA